CCCAGAUGUAAACACCCUCCGGCCGCCGCGCCGCACCAGUCACCGCCACGGCGCCUCCCAGCCAUGCGGGCGACCUCGCUCCCGUGGUGGCUGUCCACCACCGCCUGCUCCCCGCCGCCGUCCUCCCUCCCCGACCGCCUCGCCUUCCUCUUCCUCGCUCCCUGCCCACAGAGGGUGAUCCUCGGCGCCGUCGACCUCGCCUUCCUCCUCGCCGCGGUGUACCUCGCCGUCCGCUCUCGCCGCGGCACCGCGACGAUCACAAACGGGGGCCACGCGGAGGAGCCGCUGCUCGCGAAGCCGCCGCCCCCGCCAACGUCUGAGGGUACGCUUCCCCGUCGCGGGAGGUUUCGGCACAGGAUCGCGCUCGCUGCGUCCGUGUCUCUCGCGGCCGCGUCGCUGGUGCUGCUCGCCCUCGCGCUAUUUCUCCUCCCGUGGACGGCAUGGCUCGCCGCGGAGUGCGCCUUCCUCGCGGCGCAUACCGUGGCGCACCUUGCCGCCACGAGGGUCGUCGCGGCGGAGAAGGUGGCGGUGUCUCGAGCGCACCCGGUGCACCUCCGCUUCUUCUGGGCUGGGACCGCGGCUAUCGCCGCGCUCUUCUCCGGCUCCGCUGUUGUGCGCUACGCGGCUCGGGAGCCUAUCUUUCCCGACGAUGUCAUCGCGUUCGCUGGGCUGGUGAUGUCGCUCCCUCUUCUCUACUUCUCCGUCACGGGCUCCACCGGCCUCGGUGAUGCGGAGAUUGCCAACGGCGAAGACCGAACGUGCGUGCCCGAUCACGGCGCGGCGGCGACGUCGUACGCCACGGCAUCGUGGCUAUCGCUCGCGACGUUCGGUUGGAUCAACCCGCUCAUCUCCAAGGGGUCCAGGGCGGCACUCUCCGCGGACGAAGUCCCACCCGUGGCGCCAGAUGAUUCUGCCGAGGCGGCGUACGCGGUAUUCGUGUCAAACUGGCCCGCGCCGGCGCCGGCGCCGGGGUCGAAGGCCGGGCACCCCGUGGUCGUCGCACUUCUCCGGUCAUUCUGGCCGCAGUUCUUGUUCACCGCCGUGCUCGGCUUGGCGCACCUCUCGGUCAUGUAUAUCGGCCCUUCCCUCGUGGACAGGUUCGUUAAUUUCGUCCGCCGCGGCGGCGAUUUGACGGAAGGGCUGCAGCUGGUCGUCAUCCUCCUCGUCGGCAAGGCGGCCGAGGCGCUGACUUCUCACCACUACGAGUUCCAAGGGCAGAAGCUUGGAAUGCGCAUCCGCGCCGCGCUGCUCGCGGCGGUGUACCGCAAGUCGCUGCGGCUGUCCACAGGCGCGCGCCGCGCGCAUGGCGCCGGCGCCAUCGUGAACUACAUGGAGGUGGACGCCGAAGAGGUGGCCAACGUCACGCACGAGCUCCACAACCUGUGGCUGAUGCCGCUGGAGAUCGCCGUGGCUCUCACCCUGCUCUACACCCACCUCGGCCCCGCCGUGCUGACCGCUGUCGCCGCGAUCGCCGUGGUGACCGUGGUCGUGGCGUUCGCCAACCGCCGAAACUUGGAGUACCAGUUCAAGUUCCUCGGCAAGCGCGACGAGCGCAUGAAGGCCAUCACCGAGCUGCUCAACUACAUACGCGUGAUCAAACUGCAGGCGUGGGAGGAGACGUUCGGCGCCAAGAUUCGCGAGCUCAGGGAGGCCGAGCUCGGGUGGCUGGCCAAGUCCAUGUACUUCAUGUGCGCCAACACCGUCGUGCUCUGGAGUGGCCCGCUCGCCAUGACCGUGCUCGUGUUCGGCACCUGCCUGCUGACUGGCGUCACGCUCGAUGCCGGCAAGGUGUUCACGGCCACCGCGUUCUUCCGAAUGCUGGAUGUACCAAUGCAGAGCUUCCCCGAGGCGAUUGCCUCUGCGACGCAGGCGACCGUGUCUCUGGGAAGGCUCGACAGGUAUCUGCUCGACGCGGAGCUUGAUGAUUCCACGGUGGAGCGUGUCGACGACACGGAAACUCUCCCCGACGGUGUGGUCGUGGAGGUGCGGGAUGGCGUGUUUGCGUGGGAUGCGAGGGGCAAGAAGGAGAAUGAAGAGGGGGAGGGUGGCGAUGACGAAGAAGAAAAUGAGGAGAAAGAUGUGGAGGACACGCCGACUCUGGAGAUAGUGCUGAAGGGGAUCAAUAUGGAGGUAAGGAGGGGUGAGCUUGCAGCGGUGGUCGGCAUGGUUGGCUCCGGCAAGUCGUCGCUGCUGUCCUGCAUCAUGGGGGAGAUGGACAAGGUCUCCGGGAAGGUUAGAGUAUGUGGGAGCACUGCAUAUGUUGCACAGACUGCUUGGAUACAAAAUGGAACAAUCCAAGAGAACAUCUUAUUUGGACAGCCAAUGGAUGGUGAACGAUAUAAAGAAGUUUUGCGGUCUUGCAGCCUAGAAAAGGACUUGGAAAUGAUGGAAUUUGGUGACCAGACAGAGAUCGGAGAGCGAGGGAUCAAUCUCAGUGGUGGACAGAAACAGCGUAUUCAGCUUGCCAGAGCAGUUUAUCAAAAUUGCGAUAUAUAUCUCCUUGACGAUGUCUUUAGUGCAGUUGAUGCACAUACUGGUUCAAACAUCUUUAAGGAAUGUCUGAGAGGCAUGCUCAGAGGAAAGACCAUCUUACUUGUUACUCAUCAAGUGGAUUUCUUGCAUAAUGUGGAUAACAUAUUCGUAAUGAGAGAUGGUAUGAUUGUGCUGUCGGGGAAGUAUGAUGAGUUACUAGAUGCCAGUUCGGAUUUCUUGGCUCUUGUUGCUGCUCAUGACAGUUCAAUGGAACUGGUGGAUCAAAGUCGACAAGCUGUCAAAACUGAAGAAUCAGAGCCUAAGGCGGUAGCAACAACCCCUUCUCUUCGCUCCAGAUCCAUUGGAAAGGGUGAGAAGGUGCUUGUUGCAUCUGAUGUAGAAGCAGCUACUUCCAAAAUUAUACAAGAAGAGGAAAGAGGGAGUGGUCAAGUAAGUUGGCGUGUCUACAAGCUGUAUAUGACAGAGGCUUGGGGUUGGUGGGGCGUUGUUGGCAUGUUCGCUUUUGCAUUGGUGUGGCAAGUUUCUGAUAUGGCUAGUGACUACUGGCUGUCAUAUGAAACAUCAGGCGGCAUUCCAUUUAAUCCAUCUUUGUUUAUGGGAGUAUAUGUUGCUAUAGCUGCUGUUUCAAUUAUCCUUCAAGUAAUCAAGGCUGUUCUUGAGACAGUCUUGGGACUUCAAACUGCUCAGAUCUUUUUCAAGAAGAUGUUUGACAGCAUUUUACAUGCCCCGAUGUCAUUUUUUGACACCACACCUUCAGGAAGGAUUCUCAGUCGGGCAUCAUCGGACCAAACAACCAUUGAUAUUGUACUGUCCUUUUUUGUCGGUCUGACAAUUUCAAUGUACAUUUCAGUAUUAAGUAUCGUAAUCGUUACCUGUCAGGUUGCCUGGCCAUCGGUUAUAGCUGUAAUUCCACUUCUACUAUUGAACAUUUGGUACAGGAAUCGUUACCUUGCAACUUCUCGAGAGCUAACUAGGCUUGAAGGAGUAACAAAGGCACCAGUAAUUGAUCACUUCUCAGAGACUGUUCAAGGUGCUACAACCAUAAGAUGCUUCAAGAAGGACAAAGAAUUUUUCCAAGAAAAUUUGGACAGAAUCAAUUCAAGUUUGUGCAUGUACUUCCACAACUACGCAGCAAAUGAAUGGCUUGGGUUCCGUCUGGAGUUGAUUGGGACACUCGUAUUGUCAACUACUGCUUUCCUCACGAUUAGUCUGCCUAGUAACUUUAUCAAGAAAGAAUUUGUUGGCAUGUCUCUUUCAUAUGGCCUCUCCCUGAAUUCUCUAGUGUACUACGCAAUAUCGAUUAGCUGUAUGUUAGAAAACGAUAUGAUUGCUGUGGAGAGGGUAAAUCAGUUUAGUACUCUUCCUUCUGAGCCAGCAUGGAAAAUAAAAAACCAUCGUUCUACAAAUUGGCCCACUCAUGGAGAUAUUGACAUUGAUGAUUUAAAGGUUAGGUACCGACCAAAUACACCUUUAAUUUUGAAAGGCAUAACUGUACGCAUCAAUGGUGGUGAAAAGAUAGGAGUUGUAGGAAGAACAGGCAGUGGAAAAUCAACGUUGGUUCAAGCAUUGUUCAGGCUUGUAGAGCCUGUGCAGGGGAAAAUAAUCAUUGAUGGAAUAGACAUAUGCACACUGGGUCUGCAUGAUCUGAGGUCCCGCUUCGGCAUUAUUCCUCAAGAACCAGUUCUUUUUGAAGGAACAAUUCGAAGCAACAUCGAUCCAAUUGGGCAGUAUACAGAUGCUGAGAUAUGGCAGGCUCUGGAAGGCUGCCAAUUGAAAGAUGUAGUUGCUUCAAAACCACAAAAGCUGGAUGCUCUAGUGGCUGAUAGCGGGGAGAACUGGAGUGUAGGCCAAAGGCAGCUUCUUUGUCUUGGCCGUGUCAUAUUGAAGCAGACUCGAAUAUUAUUUAUGGAUGAGGCAACUGCUUCAGUUGAUUCUCAAACUGAUGCUACGAUUCAGAAGAUCACACGGCAAGAAUUUUCUUCGUGUACAAUAAUUAGCAUUGCACACAGAAUACCAACAGUCAUGGACUGUGACAGAGUUCUGGUGUUGGAUGCAGGUUUGGUAAAAGAAUUUGAUUCGCCCUCAAGAUUGAUUGAGCAGCCAUCUCUCUUUGGUGCAAUGGUCGAGGAGUAUGCCAAUCGCUCGUCCAACCUGUAACUCCCUCUGUUGUACACAUUCUUUUAAUGCAAAUAAGAGUCAUUUUGAUAGGUUGACACUAGUGCAUAUAUGUGUCAUCUGUCAAUAACUAAACACAAAAAUUUGAGAAUGAUCAUACGUACCAAUGUUCAUGUAUACGGGCAUAGGGCAUACCCAAGUGUGAAUCUUGGUGUAGCUUUACAAAAUUUUUCUUAGAAGUUCAGAAGAUGAAGAUAAUACUAGUAUUAUCGUCGGUACAAGAAUAUGAUCAAUUGAAUUAGAAAAAUCAAAUGGUCUACAUUAGUUCCUACUUAUUAGUAGAGGCACUGUAAAACUCCUUUAAUAACACAUACGUGGAUGGUCUAGUUUCUAGCAUUAAGAAGAUCUUUUAUGAUUGGAUCACAAUGUAUUACCUCAAGUAUGGAUUCAGGAAUUUUUGAAGGUGCACGAGUUUGUUUUGAACCAUCAGUUGUGUGUAGAUAUAAUGGCUGAUAUUAGUCUUACCUCUCAUGUGGUAGGGGUCAUUCAUUAACAUUUG